AUGGAUGACAUCUAUAUGAACAAUGAAGAGUUAUUCUCAUCAGCUACAUCCCCAUCUCCCAUGAAGCAUGAGAUGCUAAAACCACGCCAAAGCCCACUGAAGGCUGAGGCAGAGGUUCAAAAUAUCUAUUUGAAUCGUGGAGGCAUCAGGGUUUCUACUUUUUCUGGCAGUCACCCCAGAACUGCUAAAGUAUGCAACUCUUCAUUAGAAGAAAGAGAAGAAAGGACGCAUCAUGGCAGAGAGGCAGACUUCUGUGGUCUGUCUGCUCGCUCUUGCUGUUGGGUGGUAUCUUCUCUUACUCUGUUGCUGAUAGUGUUGCUGAUUGCCUUUGGAAUGUUUUUCAUACACGCUGAAAAAAAAUUACAUGAUUUGAAAAAGACCUAUGCCAGUUUAUCAGAAAAUUACACCUUAGCAAAUGAGGAGCUCAACCAGACGAGGAGUAACUUCAGCCGUUUAUCAACAAAGUACCUGACUCUUCAAUUUAAUUACAGCACACGUUUUGAAAAGAAGUGCUCAGUUUGUCCAGAUGGAUGGUUGACUCAUCAUACAUCAUGUUACUUAAUCUCGACUGAUUACAUGGAUUGGACGGCUAGUCAAGACGAUUGUUUAGCUAAAGGUGCACAUCUGGUGAUAAUUGAGAAUGAAAGUGAGCAGAGAUUUUUGAAUAAACAUGUCGCCAGCUCAGAUGCAUGGAUAGGUCUGACCGAUUCAAAACAAGAAGAAAAAUGGCUUUGGACUAAAACAUCAGAGUUCCACCAAGAUGCUAAAGACAUCUUUGCAGCUAUUGUGUCUAGGAAAAAGAUCUUCGUCUGGUUAGAAGGGAGAAAAACAAGAGGUCUAGUAAGAGAAAAAUCUAAGGAAGAGGACUUUAGCAAUAGAAAACCAGAAAGCUGA